ACAAAAUACUUUCACAUUUCUCUAUAAAGACUUUUAGCCAUAAUGUCACUGUUUUGUUUUGUUGUUAAACACAAGACUAGAAUACAAACAUGAAGGAUAAACAUCAAAUCAAUUGUCAUACAUUUUGAAAAGAUAAAUUGGCCAAUAAUGUCAUUAAUAUAAUUAUUACAUAGGUACUUUUCUCUUUAUAAAGACUGCAGGUAAGAUUAACUUGAGUCACAUGUCAGCUGUUGCCUCUCUGAAUAACACGCCUCCAGGUGUAUUUUAUUUUGAAAGGCUGCAGCGGAAGCGGCGUGGUUUGCAUCACACGCUUUGAUGCCGGAGCCGCGUGCCUCGCUCCGUGGUGGGAUGAGGGAGCGACAGCAGUGGGACUGACUGACUGGAGGAGGAGGAGUCUGUCCCAGCCUGCAUCUGGCCCUCUCCCCUCUCUGUCACCCCGGGCCAAACCCGCCCCAGCGUCUCUCACUCACUCUCCGCCUGUUCUCCCGCACGGCUCGGCUCGGCUCGGAUACACGCAGGCACUCACAACACACAGCGAGGACACGCAAUGGAGACGGAAGGGAGCCAGAGCAGCCUGUCCACCACGGACUCCCCCCACGACCCCUGCAAAAUGUUCAUCGGUGGACUCAGCUGGCAAACAACACAAGAGGGUUUGAAGGAGUACUUCUGCAAGUACGGCGAGGUGAAGGAGUGUAUGGUGAUGCGAGAUCCGGUUACUAAGCGCUCGAGAGGGUUUGGAUUCGUCACCUUUGUUGAUCAGGCCGGCGUGGAUAAAGUUUUGGCCCAAACCCGGCACGAGUUGGACUCAAAAACAAUCGACCCAAAGGUUGCAUUCCCUCGCAGAGCUCAGCCCAAGUUAGUGACUCGAACCAAGAAGAUCUUUGUGGGAGGCCUGUCCGUGAACACCACCAUCGAGGACGUGAAGCAGUACUUCGACCAGUUUGGGAAGGUCGACGAUGCCAUGCUCAUGUUCGACAAGACCACCAACAGACACAGAGGGUUCGGCUUUGUGACGUUUGAGAACGAGGAUGUGGUGGAGAAAGUCUGCGAGAUCCACUUCCACGAGAUCAACAACAAAAUGGUGGAGUGUAAGAAAGCUCAGCCCAAGGAGGUGAUGUCUCCCACGGGCUCAGCCAGGGGGCGCUCUCGCGUGAUGCCCUAUGGGAUGGACGCCUUCAUGCUGGGCAUUGGCAUGCUAGGUUAUCCCGGCUUCCAGACAGCCACCUACACCAGCCGGAGCUACGCUGGCAUCACUCCUGGAUAUACCUUCCAGUAUCCGGAGUUCCACUUAGAGAGGACUCCCCUUCUGACUUCACCCCACCCCCCUGAGCUCACAGCUAUUCCUCUGACUGCAUAUGGACCAAUGGCAGCAGCGGCGGCGGCAGCAGCAGUAGUUAGAGGCUCUACCCCGUCUCGCACAGCUGGAUUUUUAGGUACGAGCAGCCCGGGGCCGAUGGCGGACCUUUACGGAACAGCCGGUCAGGAGUCUGCAGUCAGCAGUUACCUCAGCGCUGCGAGCCCCGCACCCAGCUCUGGAUUCAGCCACGGUUUGGGGCUGUGUGCCGUCAUGACUCCGGGGCCCUUUGAUCGCUACGGCCUUCACUAACGGCUAUCACUGAGAGCUGCAGAGCUGCAGACUACGAGCUGGAAGGAGUUGAAGCUGCUUUGGAGCUGAUCUGGCCACGUCUCUGUGCAGUCCACCUCUCCGGGCUGGGGCAGCUGAGCCUCCACCCCUCCACCCUGGUGUCAGCCUGAACCCAGCCGACCCUACCGACGCCUCACUAAACUCCACCUCCCUGAGGAAAAAAAAAGAAGAAGAAAAAGUUCAUAAAAGGAGCGAAAAAGUCACUUCCUGUAAUAGCAACACAUACAGAUGCUGUAUUUUUUAGAGUUUUUGUUUUUUUUCUGUCGUUAUGUUUCACCUUGCUGUUUUUUUUUUUGUGAUGACUGCGUUUGUUUCUUUAUCUGUUUUUGUUUUAUUGGGUUAUAUUUGAACCUGAUCUCUCUGAGAUAAGAGGAGGAAAAAACAUCUCCAGGAGCUGUAAUUUGUACUGGAAAAACUGUAUAUUUGUCACUAGUUCAUACUGAAUUUUAACAAAACAUUUGUGAUUAAUACUAUUUCUUGAAAAUGUGUCACAAAGUGUAUAUCUUGGUAGGUUUUUAACAAAGACUUGUUACACUAAUAAUGGUCAGACGACAAAGGUCAUUAGUCACAGUUACGUAAUAGGCCUAAAUGAGCUGUACAAUUUUGUAAAAUAUUGUAAAUAUGACUCUGGUUUCUGGGGGGGCUCCGCUAAUGUUUGUUAUGUGGGAGGUGGGAGGCUUUUGGAGUAAUAAUACGAUUGCUUCUUUCAUCAAAGCGUAUGUGUUUGAAAGCUUGACUGUUACGUAUCAUAGUUUCACAUGAAGGUCAAAAACAUUUCAGUAUGUUUGUGUGUCAAUAUUAAACCAGCCACGUACUGUAUUCCUCUCCAGGCGUUUUAUAAAGUUCUGUUACUGCGUUUAAAAACUGCCUGAAACACUUUGAGUUCAGCAGGAGAGAGGCUGGAACAACACUUUUACUUUUUGGGGAUAUUUGCGUGUGAAAAUGCUCCUCUUCCUCUCAGAAGAGGAAGAAAAAAAACAUGCUGUUUUCUUACUUUGUCAUAUUGUUGUUUUAACUGUGAUUUUCAAUAUGUGAUGAUUGUUUGUGAAGGAAAAUGAAGGAGUAGUUUGCAGGAGCCGUCGUAACUCUGGUACGACUGCUCCGCUCGGCAGGUUGAUGUUUGCGUGAGCGUGUCAUGUGGUUUUAUACACAUGUUGUUUUUGUUUUUUUUUGGGGGGGGGGGGUGGUACCUCAGUUGCAAAUGUGAAAUUUUAAUCUGACUUUUUUAUUAUUAAAUUAACACCUAUGUCAAAGUGAACCUUUUAGAAAGGUGGCUUUUCCAACAGGAAACGGGGGGGUCUUAUUAUUUCUUGUUUACCCCCCCGCCCAGUCCAUCACUGCAUAUCCACUGGAGGUCACAGACUGUAGCAAUGUGACAGCUAUUUUUAGACCAAAACAAUAAUGUUCAGAGCUACUAGGACGUUGCACUGGCCGAUCACGAUGUGUUUUCCCUUGAACGUUAGCUUAAGAACAAAGCACUCGAUCUACGAAGCUCCAGGUUUCUCAUUUUGAUACAUCGCUCACACUGCUGCGGGCUACCAUGGUAGUUCAUACUUUGAUGCUGUUUUCACUGAAAUAACAAUCUUGUCAACACUGUAACAUUUUCUGAUUUUCUUUUUCCUGUCAUGUUUAUUCCUUUGAAAAAAAAAAAACUUUUUAAAAUUCCUAAUAAAUUAUUUUAAAACAUUCCA